GCGCAGAUCAGCGGCCGGCUGCCUGAACCCGGCGAACAGUCACUCAGGAUCGGGACACACACACAGACAGCCCGCUGAAGAGCUCCAGUGGGAUCCAUCCAUAUCUUGGGGAAUUUAAUAUUUUAUUUUCCUGAUCGUGUAAAUCUCCGCAUCUCUCUGACCGGGUUCACUCACUUCAUCUGUGGACAUCUCAGCCGCCGCUGAACCGUUUUGGCAUUUUCAAUCAUCAAUGGAGCAGAUAAUCAGAUGUCUGUCUGUUUCAUCUGUCUGAAACGUCUGCAGGAGGAGGCUAAGCGAUGAAUAAGCUACGGCAGAGUUUCCGGCGAAAGAAAGACGUUUAUGUGCCAGAGUCCAGCCGGCCGCACCAGUGGCAGACAGACGAGGAGGCCGUACGCGAGGGCAAAUGCAGCUUCGCCGUCAAGGUGGGUAAGAAGGCCGUGCGAGCGGUGCUCUGGGUGUCUGCGGAUGGCCUGAGGGUCGUAGAUGACAAGACAAAGGAUCUCAUUCUGGACCAGACGAUAGAGAAGGUGUCCUUCUGUGCACCGGAUCGUAAUUUUGAGCACGCCUUCUCCUACAUCUGCAGAGACGGGACCACGCGCCGCUGGAUCUGCCACUGCUUCAUGGCCAUCAAGGACUCUGGCGAGCGUCUGAGCCAUGCGGUGGGCUGUGCGUUUGCUGCGUGUCUGGAGCGCAAACAGAAGAGGGAGAAAGAGUGCGGGGUCACAGCCACUUUCGAUGCCAACCGCACCACUUUCACACGGGAGGGAUCCUUCCGCGUCACCACAGCCACGGAGCAGGCCGAGCGAGAGGAGGUCAUGAAACAACUGCAGGAUGCCAAGAAAGACUCUGAGGGUGUGUUGGGCAGCUCCUCUGUCAGCGUGUCUAAUCCUGUGGUCACCCUCGCUGGACCCAAUGGCUCGUCAUCCUCCCCUCCUCUGCCCAUGGCCACACUGGCCCCUCAGGAAGCCAAUCCUCACGCCAUCCCGCGACGCCACGCCACUGUGGAUGCUAUCGCGCGCCAGGGCUCGUUCAGGGGCUUCCCUGCACUCAGUCAGAAGACCUCUCCCUUCAAACGGCAGAUGUCGCUGCGCAUGAACGAGCUGCCCUCCACCGUGCAGCGCAAGUCAGACUUCCCCAUCAAAAACACUGUGCCGGAGGUGGAGGGUGAGGGCGACAGCAUCAGCUCUCUGUGCACUCAGAUCACAUCCACCUUCAGUGGGCCUCCAGAGGACCCGUUCUCCUCCGCACCGAUGCCCAAACCCGCCUCCUCACCGCAGUCACCCUCUGCUCCAGUUAAUGGUGCAGUUCCUGCCUUCCCGCCGCCUAGUGUCACUGUAACUACUGCAGCUAACUCACCCGUGCUGCUGCCCCCGCUGCCUGUCCGAGAGACUAACCCCUGGGCCAAGACCCCAAACACAGCCCCCACCACAGCACACAUAGGGAGCGAGUGGCCAAAUCCUGCACCCGCAGUAGGAGCCCUACCCACCGUCAAUGCAAAUCUUUCUACACUUGCCUCCUCUCACAAACGUACGGCAUCGGAAGCCGACCGCUGGCUGGAGGAGGUGACCAAGUCUGUGCGAGCCCACCAACCCGCAGCCAUCACGAGAACCAACACGCCUCCCACUCAGCAGCCCUUCCCCGCCCUAGCCCCCACCCCUAUGGCACCUGGCCCUUCUGCACCCUUCAUGCCAGGCAUCCCUCCAUCUGCGGUCCCUACCGUACCCCCACGCCAGCCGGCUUUCCACGCUCAGGCGCCAGCAUCCUUCCCAGUGUCCAAUGGAAUCCCAUUUGUGCAACCAACCUUUCCGGUGGUUGGCAUUACACCUUCGCAGAUGGUGGCCAACGUGUUCGGUUCUGCCACGCAAACUCAGCCCAUCCCGGUACCUGUUCAAGUGCCCCAGGCGCAGCUCCAGUCUUCACCCUUCUCCACACCACCAACAGGCCAGUUUGACACCCAGGCGGUGUGCAGCCCCUUCGGCAAACCACUCCUACCUCCGGUGACAAACGCCACAGUGCUGCAGCCACCGAAAGUCAAUGCCACAUUUAAUGGGGCUAACAGCUGGGCGGCAGUGUCGUCACCUGCGCAGUCUGUGGCAGUGCAGCAACAGGCCGAUGCCUUCGAGGCCCAGUGGGCCGCACUGGAGAUCCGCUCGCAGCAACGCACCGCUCCAUCACCCACAAACCCCUUCUCCACCGAGCUCCAUAAGACGUUUGAGAUCCAACUCUAAAGACACACAGUGCACACAAAGCGAUGCUGAAGGACAAUGCGAUGGACAUUCAUGGAGAGAUGACUAUAGAGGGAACGACCCCGCAAACCACUUCAGCUCCAUAUCUCCAUCUUUCGAUUUCUUUGUCUGUUCGUCCGUGUCUGGUUUUGGCUUGUGACAUGAACAAAUGGAGACAAGGGGGUUAAUGAAGGUGCCCCCCAGAAACGAAGCGAGUACAACUUUUGGCAUUUAUGGCGCAUUUAUGUCCAAGAUGAAUUAGAGUGACAAGAUGAUGGUAAAAGGAAUCUUUAGAUGCUCUAACGUUGACCCUGUAUUGUUCAGUACUCCCUCGACCCCGACUAACCCUUCUCACAGCGCCCCCUAGCAGGCUGGAUGACUGCUCCCUACCUGAAGGACGAGGCACUUCACAGACCUUCCGGGUUCACGAGGUUCUUGU